GAAGCUCCUCAGGGUGCUCCCACUGCCGACCGAGAACUGGGGAGCUCUGGUUGGAGAGUGGUGCUGUCAUCCUGACCCCUUUGCUAAUAAGCCUCUCCAUCCACGAGAAAACGACUGUUUUAUUGGAGACUCUUUCUUCUUAGUGAAUUUAAGAAGCAAUUUGGGGCAGGAACCAAAAGCAAAUACCAAAGUAAUUUGUAAGCGUUGCAAGGUAUUGUUGGGAGAAACCAUAUCAUCAGAAACAACAAAGUUUUAUAUGACAGAGAUAAUUAUUCAGCUGUCUGAGAGAAAUUUUCCCAUCAUACCAAGGUCUCAGUUUAUCCAGAGUGUUAUUGCCCAGUGCCUCGUGGAACUCUCCUCUGCUAGAAGCACUUUUAGAUUCACAAUUCAAGGUCAAGAUGGCAAAGUAUACAUCUUGGCUUGCGAGCUCCUGGGAAAGUGACAUCAGCAUCCACGCCUUAACUUUACCCUCUGCCACUUGCCUGGAGCUGCUUUUGAUCCUGUCAAGGAGCAAUGCCUCACUGCCUCAGUCCCUUCGCCAAAUGAAUUCCUUUCAGGUGGCCUUUUUGAAGAUGUAACUGUUGGAGCUGAAGUAUUCUUCUCCCCCAGCAGAUACCUCUCCAGCACAGAGUACAGCCAAGGUCAGCAGUCAGCUCUGUGAGCAUCGCCUGCCGAGAUGAAGGAGAACCAGAGCUAUGGAGUGAGAGCUUCCUAUUGCAGUUUCCAGAGUAAUUGUUUUCAUUUAUUCUCUAAGAUAAGAGUUAACUUUAGAUCCCUGAAAACCCAGGGCUGUGGGGAAAGUUGUAGUAACAGGUUAAGUUUAGAAGUUGCACCUCUGCUUCCCACAGAGAGGACUGUUUAAAUGUGCUGUGUCAGCACCACCUGGAAGGAUAUUAGCUAAUGGAAACACAUGUCCUGUGUGAAUGCAGCAAGGAACUUCAUUGGGGAGCUGAGUGUGUAUUGCUGUAAAUCCUCGGAAAUAAACUUCUAAAGAUCAUUGGGUUUGUUUAAAACAAAUUUUAAAUACAAAAAUACAGGAGUUUUUGUAUCUUAUUUAGAAGAGAUGCUCAGUUGAUGUUUUUUGAAUGAGUGAUUAUCCAAUUAAAAGUUUCCUAAG